AAAUACGCUUGUUUUCAUAUGUAUACAAAAUUUUUAUUUUAUGAAAAAUGAGCGAACAAGUCAUAACUGAAGAGCCAAUAAGCGAUGAAAAACAUUCAUUGGAAGCGGAAGAAUAUUCAAAUCAAGGAUUAGAUUUAAAGGAUGAAACUGAUGAUUGCAAUGUGAUACAAACUCAGCCUACGUCUGAAGUUAUACCUUCGAAUCCAAGUGGAUUGGAUCUUAUAGCUAAUGUAGAUAAAUUUCACAUUCAUCAAGAAGUUCAGCUAGUGGAAGUUUUAACUGUACUGGAAAAAUGUAAUCGUUAUAAAAUCUGCAAUGAUACAGAACAGCAAUUAUUUUAUGCUAAGGAAGAAUCUGAGUGUUUACAGCGAUAUUGUUGUAAUAUAUUUCGAUCUUUACGUAUGGAAAUCUCUACAUCCAGUGCAAAUGGUGAAAUACCAGUCAUAGCACUAAAUAGACCACUUAAUUGCCAAGGUUUUCUUUGUCCAUGUUGUCUUCAAAGGAUGGAAAUCUAUUGCCCACCUGGACAAUUAGUAGCAACUAUUAAAGAGAUGUGGACUAUGUGUAUACCUACAUACGAAAUUCAUGACACAGAUGGAAACCUUUUAUAUACUAUAAUAGGAGACUGUUGCCACAGUAAAUGUUAUACUGAUGUGCAUUUUAGGGUAUUGAGGGAUUCUUACGAAGUGGCCGAUAUUCAGAAACACUGGGGAGGAUUUAGAGAAGUUUGUGCCGAAGCCAAUGAUUUUACGAUUUUAAUUCACGACAAAUCGGUAUCAGUUAUGAAUAAAGCAAUUAUGAUUGGUGCUGCUUUUCUUAUCGAUUAUAACUAUUUUGAACGUCUAAAUUACGGCUAAAACUACGGAUAAAGUUGUCCAACUUUUAACAAGUGCCUGAUUUUCUAUUCUAUCAUCCUUUGAUUGUUUUAUUUAAAUACUGUAUAAAGUGAAAAGUUUGCCUGAAAGCUAGCAACAGAAUACUUUCAAUAAUAAUUUAUCUAUUGUUCCACUUUAGAACUGUGAAUCAUAGUUCAUAUAAAUUUCUUUCGUUUGGCGAUAAAUAGACUGAUAUAUUGAUUGAAAAAUAGCCAAUAAUUCAAAAAGAGUAAUUGGAGAACGGUGAAAAUUAUUCUCUUGUCAUUUAUUGAUAAAAACCUUGUACUAUUACCAUAUUUAAAUAUUCAAUACUGAAUAUCGAUAUGUUUAUAUAAACUUGGGUAGAAAAUACGUAAGUGUUCCUAUCAAUGUUCCAUAUUUAGAUUUGUUUCUUUUCAAGUUGAACUGCACUUUGUUAUAUUCAUCAACCUUAAAUAUCUAUGCAAUAAAUCUUUUUUGUUCAUUAGUUUUGUUAUUAAUGUUUAUUUUUUCAAUGCAAAAAAUGUUAGACUUCCUAUAAAAGAAACAAUUAGGUAUAUUCGCGGGAAGAGUCUAUUAGGAAAAUGACCUUCAGGAAAAUGACUAAGAAAAGGAUCAAUGGUAAUUAAAUUGCUAAAUGUCUUAUAUUGAGAGCAAAAUACUGAUAUAUAGUAGUUUUUAUAUUAUUAAUUUAAGAGGUAUUUUGUUAAAUGUACGUUUCUUGAGAAAUUC